AUGUCAGAUAUCAAAUACUCUUCAACUCCCUCUCAGUCUGGGGUGCCCGACAACCCCCUGGAGCCGGACGAAGAUAAGACCGGAGAAGUACUCGAUUAUAAAGGUGAUCUCCCAGAGAGUCAAGAAGAUAACUUCAUCCGAAACUCAGACACCAAUUCGGAGCCCAUUGACCCGGCAGAGGCUCGACGGGUGCUAUGGAAGAUUGACCUAGUCAUUAUCCCCCUGAUCUCAGGGACUAUCAUUCUCAGCGCCGUCGACAAAAUCAUAAUCUCCAACGCCGCCAUCUACGGCAUGAUGACCGAUACCCGUCUGACGAGCAGCAUGUUCUCCUGGGUAGGAAGCAUCUUCUACUUUGGCUAUCUUCUAUUCGAAUAUCCUUCGGCACUCCUGAUUCAACGUCUGCCCGUCGCCAAGUUACUGGCCUUCACAGUGUUUUUGUGGGCUUUUCUGAUGGGCUGCACUGCAGCCACUCAGAACUUCGCCGGCUUGAUGGCGGUCCGCUUUAUUAUGGGGAUGUCAGAGGCCACAUGCAAUCCCAUCGCCGCUAUAGUGACCGUCAUGUGGUAUACCAAGUCCGAACAGCCGGUCCGUGUGGCAUUCUGGUAUAAUCAGCUCUCGUCGGUGUUCUCAGGCCUAGUCUCGUACGGAAUUGGCCAUACGAAUUCCACCCUUGCACCAUGGCGCCUUCUCUUCAUUGCCUUGGCGGCCUUUUCAGCACUGUGGGCGAUCCUAAUAUGGGUUUUACUUCCCGAUAGUCCAGUAAAGUGUUGGUGGCUGUCGGAUCGAGAGAAAUAUAUCGCCAUCCGACGCAUCCGCGCAAACAACACGGGUAUCGAGGACCGAACAUUCAAGUGGUACCAGCUGAGAGAGUGCCUCUCAGACCCAAAGACCUGGCUAUUGGCGAUCUUUGUAUGCGCACAAAAUAUCCCCAACGGAUGCCUGGUGACCUUUUCCGCGCUCAUUGUUUCCGGGCUGAACUAUUCGCCCCUUCUCACCACAGUUCUGGGAAUCCCAACAGGUGUCAUAGCCACCAUAUGGCAGUUGGUGCUGUCGCUGCCUACCUCCAGAUUGAAAAAUCGACGCUGUAUCACCAUCGCACUGGGGAAUAUCAUUCCUACAAUCAGCGCCAUUCUAUUAUGGCAAAUACCUGAUGAGAAUAGGCAUGGUCGCCUUGCUGCAUAUUAUGUCUUCUAUACAUACUGGGGUCCAUAUGUCAUGUCGACAACCUUGCCCAUGGCGAAUACCUCGGGCCAUACGAAGAAACUCACGACGAACGCCGUUUUCUUUCUUGCCUAUUGCCUUGGUAAUAUCAUUGGGCCCCAGGUUUUCCAAGGUUCCGACGCUCCCAACCAUCCUAAAGGCUAUAUCGGCCUGCUCGCCAGCUUAAUCGUCGCAAGUGUAAGCAUUUGUCUUUAUGGAAUACUAUGUUCAUUGGAGAACACACGACGGGGUAAGGAGAGGGGUAUCGAGGAAUUACCGGAGGUGACGGAUCCAUUUUCCGACUUGACAGACUACCAGAAGGCUUCGUUCCGUUAUACGUAUUGA